AACAAACCAUUCUCAACGGUCAACAGCAACAACACUUUAUCAAUCAAGAAAUAUCAAGAUAAUAGACUAUCAUCCAACAUCUUCGUCCUUAAACCUUCAAUCUACACUACAUGUCUUCCGAAGAAGAUCAGCGGCGUAAUGUUGCCUUAGAGGCAUAUCGCAAGAAAUUGAAAGAUCACGAGACAAGCGCUGAAACUCUCAAGCGUCUUCGUUUCUCGCUUCGUUCAUUGGAGAAAGACUACGAUCGAUCAGAGGAAGAUAUCAAAGCAUUACAAUCUGUGGGUCAAAUCAUUGGAGAGGUACUGAAAGCUUUAGACGAGGAAAGAUUCAUUGUCAAGGCUUCAAGUGGUCCGAGAUAUGUAGUGGGAUGCAGAGCCGCUGUACCAAAGGACAAACUGAAGAACGGAGUACGAGUAUCACUGGAUAUGACUACAUUGACCAUCAUGCGAAUCUUACCCCGUGAAGUGGACCCAAUGGUCUACAACAUGUCAACAGAAGAUCCCGGUACGGCUUCAUUUGCCGGGAUCGGUGGACUAUCAGAUCAGAUUCGAGAGCUCCGAGAAGUGAUCGAAUUACCCUUGAUGAACCCUGAACUCUUUCUCAGGGUUGGAAUCAAACCACCUAAAGGUGUACUGUUAUACGGUCCCCCUGGAACCGGAAAGACUCUCUUGGCUAAAGCUGUCGCAAAUACUCUUUCAACAAAUUUCCUAAAGGUCGUCAGUUCAGCUAUUGUCGAUAAGUAUAUUGGUGAAUCAGCCAGGCUGAUCCGUGAGAUGUUCGGCUAUGCCAAGGAACACGAGCCUUGUAUCAUCUUUAUGGAUGAAAUCGACGCCAUUGGAGGAAGGAGAUUCAGCGAAGGUACUAGUGCAGACAGGGAAAUUCAGAGGACUUUGAUGGAGUUACUGAAUCAGAUGGACGGGUUCGACUAUUUAGGCAAGACUAAGAUUAUCAUGGCAACAAAUCGACCGGACACCCUUGAUCCUGCUUUGAUGAGGCCCGGUAGACUGGAUCGAAAGAUAGAAAUCCCUCUUCCUAACGAAGUUGCGAGGAUGGAGAUUUUGAAGAUCCACGCAUUGCCCAUCCAGAAGCAUGGUGAAAUAGACUACGAAGCUAUUGUCAAAUUGGCUGAAGGCUUCAACGGAGCCGAUCUGAGGAACGUUUGCACAGAAGCAGGUAUGUUUGCUAUCAGGGACGAUCGAGACUACAUUGUGCAGGAUGAUUUGAAUAAGGCUGUGAGGAAGAUCCAGGAAUCGAAAAAGCAUGAGACCAAGAUGGAGUAUGGUGAUAUUUGAUAGGUUGAUGUAAAGAUUGUGACUAGCUGUAAUACAUGGCUCCUCUAGAGCGAUGCGUAUGAUUGCCGACAUGUGGGUCGCUUGGCUCCAUGAUAUGCUGUGCCUA